AAAUUUUAUUACUUUGCCUAAAACGACAUUUUAAGUGGAGAAUUCACACAAUGAAAGGGCACAUUUUUCUGCUAUUGCUGGCUUACCAAUUAGCGCCGAGUUCAGCGGCGCGGAUUCUAGUUCUGUCUCCGCUAGGUCCCAGGAGUCACUUAAAUUCCAUGAUGCCCAUGGUGGAAACAUUGGCGCAGAAGGGUCACCAUUUAACGGUCGUGACGCCACAUUCUGUGAAAACCCAAGGGCCAAACAUCCGUAAAAUCCUCGCAAAAGAGUUGCUCGAAUUUGUUGACGUUGAGUGGUAUGACUUCAAGCGCUUCAAUAUGCUCGAUAAUACGAUGGGCAUUUUCCAUUUUUUCCGCACAACCAUGACGCCUGCAUACGGAAGCUUCAUGGCAAAUAAAGAGAUUCAAGAAAUUAAACGCAACAAAGACUACGAUAUUGUCAUAAUGGACGCAAUCGUCAAUGACUUUGCUUUUCCUCUGAUAGACCACUUAGGAAAACCAUUCAUCUUUUUUGAUCCUGGGCCUGGAACAUCAUGGAACUGGGCAGCGAAGGGCGCUAGUCAUGAGUAUGCAAGCAUUCCGCCAUUAUUUGGUACAUUCUCUAGCCCCAUGACGUUCGCCCAGAGGAUGACGAAUGCAGUGCUCACUGAAGCACUUUUGAUUGUGCGAAAAUUUUACUUGCUGUCAACCUUGGACAAUUUAGCCAAAAAAGACUUCCCCUUGGCACGACCAAUAGCUGAGAUUGAAAAACGUUCUGAAUUGUGUUUUAUUAACCUGCAUCCGGCAUCCAGUUGGCCCCGUUCACUGCCGCCAACGUAUGUUCCUGUGCCAGCAAUGCAUGUCAGGCCAAUCGAGCCGCUACCAGAAGAUUGGCAACGUUUCGCUGAUGGAGCAGAAAAUGGCUUAAUCGUAUUUACCCUUGGAUCGAAUUCUCGAGUAUCUUCAAUGCCGUCUCACAUUUUCCAGACAUUUGUUCAGGUAUUUUCUCGUCUUCCCCAAAGAAUUGUGUGGAAGUGGGAAAAGGAUAAUCUCUCCGAAUUACCUGGCAAUAUAAAAAUAGUUGAUUGGCUACCCCAACAAGAUCUGCUUGGUCAUAAAAAUACCCGGUUGUUCAUUGCACAUGGUGGUAUAAUGGGAAUUCAGGAGGCGAUCUACCAUCAAGUCCCAAUAUUAGGCUUACCGUUAGGAAGAGACCAGAACGCUCUCCUUUCGAAAGCCAGCCAAGAGGGUUAUGCCGUGAAACUCGAAUGGGAAGAUUUAACGGAAGAUCUGUUAUACAAAUCGAUCCAGCGGAUGGUGAACGAGCCAAGUUACAAAGGUAAUGCAACUCGACUUUCCCGAUUGAUGCGCGACCAGUUAGUGCCGUCAAGAGAAGUAGCUGCGUAUUGGGUAGAACACGUCCUUCAUCAAGGUGGAACGAAGCAUCUUCAAAGCAUAGACAUGCCUUUUUAUCAGCUCUACCUCAUCGACGUAUGGCUGUUCCUGUUUGCCUCUUUAAGUCUUCUAGCGUUUGUAAAUUAUAAAAUUGCCGCAGUCAUCGUUAGAAGAUUAUCAACAGCAAAACUUAAGACACAGUAAUCACCUCUAUAUGACGAAGAAAUGGAACCGUGCAGCAAAUCUUCUAU